AUGUUGCAGCAGAUUCUGGAAAAAAUGUACAUUGAUCCUGAACUUCUAGAGGAACUUUCAGAGGAUCAGAAACAAGUUCUCUUUUACAAGAUGAGACAGGAACAAGUCCGCAGAUGGAAAGUACAUGAGGAACAGCAAGAAGCAGAGGCAAGAAGCCAACCCAAAGCUAGGAAAAAGGUGGACUUUUUGCUGGGCAGAGAUGGUUGUGAGUGGGUGUGGGUAAUGGGUGAGCACCCACUUGACAGAACUAUUGAGCAGAUACUGGAAGAGGAAACUAAGGCAACAGCAGUCAGAUUAGCAGAGGCUGAGGCUGAAGCGUUAAGAUUGAAAGAAGAAGCAGAAAUGUUGAAAAAGAUGGAAGAAGAGAAGCAGAGACGUAUCAAGGAACAUGAGGAACGUGAGGCAGAAAUGAAGCGCAAACAAGAGGAGGCUGCUUUACAUCAGUCAAUCAAAGAAGCUCAGUUAGCCAUGGAAAGAAUGGAGAUACAAAGAAGGAAAUUUGAAGAGGAAGAGAGAAAACGUUUGUUAGAGAUUCAGGAACAAGAGAAGAAAGCUAAGAGGAAGUCUCGAGAAAUUGCAAACUCUGUAAAAGAGAAACGGAGUAGUGAAAUAUUUUCAACAUUGCAGAGAAAGCGUGAGGAACUUGAAAAGCAGGCACUUGAAGGUCAAAAAGAAGUGGAAACAAGCUGGCAAGAACAAGAGAAAAAAUCAAAGGAGGCAGACAUUCAGAUGAGAGAAAACGCUCGCCAGGCAAGAACAGAAUAUAAGGAAUCACUUAGGAGGUCCUUUACUCUGAUGCAGACGACUGCUACACCUAAUGGAGGUCAGCCUGGAGCUGUAAACAAACCACCGCUGCCACCAAAGAAACAUCUGAUGGUGACCAGUGCACCUGGCAUUGCCAGUAAAAAACCUCGACCACUGAGGCCCAAAAAUAAAGAGAUGAUUAUCAACUGGUUUCAGAAAGAAGAAAAGGAUAAAAAAGCAACUGUGAACCCUGACACUGGGAAAAUUGCAGACUGGUUUCAUGGGAUUAUCAACAGAGUUGACUCUGAGAGGAUGCUGGAGGAGAAGGAAAAUGGUUGUUUCCUCAUCAGAGUCAGCGAAAGAGUGUGGGGCUAUACCCUUACCCUGAAAGAAUCUAAUCGAUGCAAGCACUUCCUUAUCGAUGCCUCAGAUUUAGGGUAUCAGUUUUUUGGAGCUGAUCAGACAGUCCACCAGUCACUAGUUGAACUUGUUAAAUAUCAUCGGGAUAACCCAGUGACUAUCUCCGGCCAAGAAAGAUUACUGUACCCCUGUGGUCAGUCAGUUGAUCCCCCAGACUACAAUGAAUUAUUCCAGGAAAGGAAAACUGAGCCCUCAUGA